GCGGUUGGGCGACCCGAAAUUAGCCCAGUGGUUGUGUCUUACCAUUUUGCUAAAGAAAUUGAUCGUGAUGACGUCCCAGGGCGGAGGAAAGGCGCGGGACAAGCUGUCUCAUCGGAACAAGCCAUACGAACGCCGACGGAGUCUGCUUGGGCGCCUGACGGGUACGGUGAGCCGUCUGCUGCCCGAGGCCUGGGUGCCAGCCUGGCUGCAGGAGGAGGAGCAGCAGCAGGAGCUGGAGGCGCGGCCGCCGCCGCCCGAGCUGCGGCCCGGUCCCUCUAGCGCGGCCACGCGACGGAACCACCUGAACGCGGCCGCGCCGCCGUGGUCACAGGUGCCGCCACCAGUGAGCGGCAUCCAGCCGGGUGAGGACGAAGACGGACGCCUGAUGGCGGACACCGGCGGCGGCGGCGGCGGCUCGGCGCUCGUCUCGCAUGCGGUCUGGUCCCGCACGGCCACCCCCGGCCGGCCGCAGCCGGCAGCGCUCAGCAGCAAGCGGCCCCGCUUCCGACCGGCCGCGCUCAGCGCCUCCCUGUCGCAGGACGACGCGGCCAACUCGUCGCUGAACCGGAGUGGCGCGGCCGUCUCGCCGUUCUACCCAGGCCCGACGGUGUACGGCGGUGCGGCCAACCAUCGGCGGCUGCGCGUGCCGCCGCCCACCUCAGUCGGCCCCUACCAGGUGCGUCCACGCGCCGUGCCCGUGCGCGCCGCCGAUGGCGACGACGAGCUGACCAUGUCGACGACGGCGCGGCGCAUCCUGUCCGUGCUGGAGGGCAUGUCGACGCCGGUGACGGACGCCCGCCGCGCGCCGCCGGCGGCCGGCCCCCAGCUGCUGGACGCCAGCUUCGGCAGCCAGCGACGCGCCGGCCUGUACGGGGCGCACGGCGCCAGGCUGGGCCGACCCCGUCCGGACAACCCGCCCGUGCACCGGGUGGUGUCGCCGGCCCGUGUGACGGUGGAGCCGAACCGGCGGCGCCCGUCGCCCGGCGCCGUCCCGGCCGCCGCGCAGCACGCCACGGAGGACGCGGCCGCCAGACGGGUGACGUUCUCUAGUCAGCCGACGCCGGUGGCGGCGCCCGCGCAGGGCGGCAAGAUGCGACGUCAGAAGGAGUCGCGCCAUUACUCGUCGCGUCCGGGUGCCGACCCGGGCGAGCUGCCGCCGUCGCCGGUGGCGCUGCCCGACGUCAGCUUACCUUUCACUAGCCUGCGGCCCUUCAGCCUGUCCACGUCCACGCCCAAACCGCCGCCGGCCGAGCCCGCUAAACGGCCGGCCGCUGCCGCCGCCGCCGCCGUCUCCACCGACUUCAUCUUCAGCAGUCCGCGGCCGGUGUGCCCGCCCGGCGCCGGCCUCGUGAACGGCCUGGCCGACGGCGCCGACGACCUGACGUUCGCGUUCAGCGUGCCGGCAGCCUUGGACGCGCCGGGGCAGGUGCUGACCCCGACCGCCACCCCGACCCUGGCCGGCGCCGGCUCCUGGGGCGACAAGUUCCGCGCCGCGCCCGGCGCCUGGGAGUGCGCCGUAUGCAUGCUCCAGAACAAGGCCGGCGCCGACCGAUGUAUCGCCUGUCAGGCGGCCAGGACCGGCGGUGCCGGUACCACGACGGACCCGCCCGCCGCCACCGCCGCGCCGAGUCCGCCCGCCGCCGCCGCCGCCAGCUCUUGGGGUGACAAGUUCAAGCCGGCCGCCGGCGCGUGGACCUGUGAUGUCUGUAUGAUCACCAACAAGCCGGACGCGACCAAGUGCGUGGCGUGUCAGACGCCAAACGCAGCGGCUGCCAAGCCGAGUGUAGCCAGCGCGCCGGCGCCCGAGACGUCCUCGGCGGCGCCGGCGGCCUCUUGGGGCGACAAGUUCAAGCCCGUCCCCGGCGAAUGGACGUGCGACACGUGCAUGCUGAAAAAUAACCCGGACUCGGCCAACUGUGUCGCCUGCGAAACUCCGAACUCCAAGGCCGCUCUGUCCAGUUCAGCCGCGGCCCCAGCACCGGCGGCGACGACCAUCACGCCGGCGUCGUCUUGGGGCGACAAGUUCAAACCGGUCGCCGGCGAGUGGACGUGCGACACAUGCAUGGUGACGAACAAGCCGGACUCCUCGAAGUGCGUCGCGUGCCAGACGCCGAACCCUAAGGCGGCGUCGGCCAACGCGAGCCCCGCCGCCGCGUCCAAGCCAGCGCAGGAGACGUGGGAAUGCACGACAUGUCUGGUGCGCAACAAGCCAGCCGUCUCGAAGUGCGCGGCCUGCGACUCUCCCCGGCCGGAGGCCCGCGCCCAGAACAGCGAACCGUAUCAGUUCAAGUCGGCGCAACCACCGGCCGCCGGCGCCUUCGUGUUCGGAUUCGGCGACAGCCAGAAGGCGCCGACGACCAAAUCGACGCCCUCGUCGGAAAGCGACGGCUUCAGGUUCGGGGUGACCCCGCCUGCCGCGCCUGCCUCUGCCGGCUUCUCGUUCGGGUUCGGCGCGCCGGCCAGCACCGGCGGCCAGGAGAGCGCCGAGGACGCGGCCCCGGCAGCCCGGCCGACACCCGCCGUCAACUUCAACGCCGGCUCUCCGGGCUCGCCCCGGCCCCUCAAGCGCAGGUCGGCGGCCGCGGACAGGCCGGCCGAUAAGGCGGCGCCCGAACUGAAUACCGGCAGCAUCAUGGACGUGCUGGGCAAGAGCUCCCCGGGUGUGGGCGGGGACAAGGCGCCAACGCCGAGCACCGUCGCCGCGGAGGAACCCAAGAUCAACAAAGUGCCGUCGGUGUCGCCGGCGAACGGCGUGUUCAGUUUUGGCGCGACCUCAGCCGCCAAGGAUUCUGGCGCGGCGACGACGUUCGCAUUCGGCGCUGGAUCGCAGGGGAGUAGCGGCGGCUCCGCGCCGACGCCGGGUUUCAGCUUCGGCAGCGGCACGUCGUCGGCCGAUAAGUCAUCGUCGGGGGCGCCGCCGGCGUCUGACAAGAGUGCGCCGGCAUUCAUGUUCGGUGCGAAAGCGUCGGAAACCGCCGAGAAGCCGUCGGGUGGGUUCUCGUUCGGAGCGAAGACGUCUGUGGCGUCGGACAAUGUCGCGGAAGGAUCGCCAUUCGGUGCGAAGACGGCUGCAGGAGCAGACAAGUCAGCCGCGGGAUUCUCUUUCGGUGCUAAACCCGCUGAGACCUGCGCCAAUGUCGCUGAUGGGGUGCCCGGCGGUAUGAAGCCGUCAGCAAGCGUAGACCAAAAUUCCGGAGGGUUUGUGUUGGGAGCAAAAGUGUCUGAUAGCUCAGUUAAACACACCGACAUCUUUUCUGCGAGCGCGAACCCUUCCGCGACCGUUGAAAAGCCUACUGGAUCAUUUUCGUUCGGAGCGAAGGCCCCUGAAGGCUCGGAAAAACCCCCUGGUCUGUUGUCGUUCGGCGACGCGUCGGGAAAAUCAGGCAACCCGGCGGCGACGUUCUCCUUCGGCAGUUCUUCCACACCGGCCGCGAAGCCGGCCAAAGGUUUCUCCUUCGGCGGCGGCACAACGGCGGCGAGCACAGCUGCUGCGCCCUCCGGCGGCUUCGCGUUCAGCACCGCGGCCGCCGGCGCCGCCAGCUCCGCGGGAUUCCCGGCGGCGCCGCCGUCUGUGCCAGCCGGCGGCUUCGCGUUCGGCGCGGCGACCACUAACAAGACAGAGUCGAGCGCUCUGUUCACGUUCGGUGCCACCAGCGUGAACGGGCCCUCGGCUAAGAAGGCGGCCACUGCAGACGGCGCGCCGGCGUCGGCCGUGUUUCAGUUCGGCUCCGGCCCGGCCGCCGCCGGCACCGCCGCCGCCACCGGCGACGGCCGCCAAUAA